AUGCGCGCCACGAAGGCUUCACGUGUGACAUCAAGUCACGGACCGCGGUCCCUUCGAUUGACCGAGUCGACUAAGCUUUUUCUAACCAACCUCUUCCUCCUCAUCGUCUUCCAUGGACGCCGUAUUCCUAUCGUCGCAUCGAUGACUCGGUUUUUCAUUGGUGGCCGACCUGCAUUGUCCUCUUCCGUCGAACAGAAAUGGGUGAUUCCGCGGAUAAAGCAAGGUCAUGGCGCGGACGAAAGAACAUUCCCGGAGUGGCAGAAGUAUUGUUCAGAGGGCAUGUCGACGACGCGAAGUUACACUUCAGCAGAGCCCUCAUGCAACACGACCACUACGAACUCUGGGAUCCAGCCAUAUUCCUUCACCGCGGUGGCUCACCCCUUCCCAGAUAUCAUCCUAGUGGAGCCAGAUGAAGAUUACCCACCUAUUCUGCGCGUUCCCUUUCGCUUGAUCCCAAACGAGAUGGUCAUUACCGUCAAUCAGCAGAGCGAACUCACGAUUUUCGGCGAGGUUCCAGACAACGAGGACGAGUUUCUCCACAUCAAGACGGGAGAUGACAAGACGUUGUGGAUAAUCGCUCAAUGUUUCGCCCGUCAUACGGCCGACAUUGAACGUCAAAAGCGCGACAUUCGUGCCCAGAUAUUGUCAAUCCGGCUAUUCCUGGACGAAGACUCAGAGGAGCGGCGAUCGGUGAGGCGUCCCUCCGUCCUCUCAAAUAUCGCGUAUCGUCUUCUGCGUGUCGGAGUGGCAGCGGCUGCAGGGGUAGCCAUGGGUGUUUUCGCGCUUGGUGUAGUCACGCUUAGUUCAUGGAGUCGCCAGUUGGAGAACAUAAAGCCUGGGUCUUUCGAAUUCACUGGUGACAACCGUCGAAUUUGUACGCUCGGCCAACACUACGUACGGGUCGCCAAUGUGGCUGGGCGUUUCGCGCCACUGCCACAUUGCGUAAGCGCGACCGUCAACGAUGUGGCCGCGCGACGCGUGACCGGAGGAGGUGGUUCAAACCUCCUGCGCUGCAGCGCCGUCUUCGUCGCUCACAUGG